AGUGAUUUGGUGAUUAAUAAGGAGAAUUAUGAUGGGGAAUUGGCGAGAGAGCAUGAGGAGUGGACGGGGGAGAUUUGUCAGUUAAUUAAAAAUUCGCCUGGAUAUGGAGAAUGGGAGAGGAGGUGA